AUGGAUGUGAAUUCACUUAUUAGUAACAAGUUCCAAAAGUAUCACGAUGAAGAGAGAAAAGAUCAUACAAGUAUCAACAUAUGUGAUCUCCCAAAUGAGAUUCUCCAAGCGAUCUUGUCAAACCUACCCAUCAAAGAUGCAGUGCGAACAAGUGCACUGUCUAAAAGAUGGAUAGACCAGUGGAAUAUGGAUAUCUCAAAAGUUGACUUGGAAGAAGAAAGAGAUGAGAAAAGACAACAAUUUAUACACUUUGUGGGAAGAUUACUUAUGGUGUGUAAACCAUCAUGUAUCAAAAAGUUUUCUCUCGUAUUCAAAGUUGGCAAGGAUGCUCCACAAGUGCAUGAAUGGUUAUGUGGUUUCAUAAACCCUAAAGUUCAAGAAGUAAAUAUUGAUCUUUGGGGAGUGGAGGAACCAUUAGCUUUUCCAGAUCACAUGUUUACCUCUGAAACAUUGGUAAAGCUUAACCUUUGUAUGCAACAUGUUAUCAAUAUUCCUUCUUCAAUUUUUCUACCAAACCUUAAGACUUUGACUUUGAAAGAAGUUAUAUUCCCUGGUAGUUACUCAACACAACAGCUUUUCUCUAGGUGCCCGUCCCUAGAGGAGUUGACCUUAACAGAUUGUGAUUGGACGAAUGUUACACAAAUUUGCAUUAUUUUUCCAUUGCUUCAAAAAUUGAUAAUAAGGGAGUGGAAUGAUGAUGUUGAUGUUGAAGAUGAUGCAAAUGAUGUUGACGCUCCAAACAAAUGCAACAUAUUUAUCCUUGGAGCUAACUUGAAAACAUUUUCUUAUGAUGGUGAUCUCAUAAAUAAUUACUUCUUAUUUAAUACAACCUUAGUCAAUGAUGCAACUGUGGAGGUUCACACAUGGAAUGCUGGUUAUUUUGUGUGCAAAUUUCUCAUAUUCGUCUCAAAUGUGGAAAAACUAUCACUUAUUGACUCAGCUAUAGAGGCUCUAUCUCAUACCUAUUAUUUCAUGGAGCACUUACCUUUGUUUCACAAGUUGGUUGAGCUUCAUAUGGGCGCAUCGGAACUCCCUAUUAACUUGGCUAGUGAAGGCUGCAUGACCAUAUUACGAAAGUCACCUAUUCUUAAACUUGUUAACUUUGUUAAGGGGGUCUCUCUUCCUCUAAAUGGUGAAAACAACAUUGGUCCACUACCAGUGUGUUUUAGGACACACCUCAAGACCAUCAAGAUAAAUAAUUUUUCUGGGAAGGAAGAAGAGUUAAAUGCCAUUCAAUUUCUAUUUCAAAAAGCACUGGUCUUGGAGGAAAUACAUAUUUAUAGAAAUGAAAAUGAGUUUGACAUCGAUGGGGGACCAGAGAGACUUGACAUGUUAAUGGAGCAGAUCGUAGAGUUUCCUAGAGUUGCGGAUUGUGACAUCAUUUUUGAGGAAGAGUAG